UUUCCUUCUUCUUUGAUUUAUUCUUUUAUAUUCUCUGUACUUUUCAAUUAUCUUUACUUUUCAAUUCUCUUUCUUUAAGACUUCAAUUUUAUCUUUUUCUUCUUUUUGACUUUGAUUGCUACGGCGCUACCCCUUCAAACCCUUGUUCUUCCAGAUCGGUUUAAGGUUCAUUUCUUUGGUAGAAUUUCAUCUCAAAAAUGCUUUGAUUUGAUCGAAAUGGCAGAGGGUGAAGAUGUUGCAAUGUCGGGUUUGAAGUCUCCGUUGAGUCAAUCACAUGAAACGUGGAAGGAAGGGAUGGAAAGAAACCAAUCUCAAGUCGAUGUAUUGCAAGAAAAGCUUAAGGAAAUAAAGGCUUGUAUACAUGGAUCAGAGGAAGACUCGAAAAAGGAAUUAGAGGUUUUGUGGCAAAGAGUAAGGACUACUAAUACGUUGCUUACGUACUUGAAAUCAAAAGCUAGAAUCAUGGCUAUUCCUCAUCUAGCACAUACGUCUUGCGGCAUCAAGAAAUUAGAUGGAGUAGGGCUUGUUGAUAAAGACGGGAUUCCGUUAUCGGGUUGGUCUAGGAAUGUUGAUCUUUCUUUGUUUGAUGGGAAAGACGAAGAAGAAUCUUGGAUAGGAAUUAGCCGUCAUCAAGGUUCGUUAGAUGAACAAGAUGCAGUUUAUAUAGGUGAGAUGCUGAACUCUGUUCAGAUGGUCACUGAUGUGAUGGAAGCCCUUGUCAAAAGGGUUUUGUUGGCAGAAUCGGAAACAACAAUUGAGAAGGAAAAAGUAAGUUUAGGUCAGGAAGAAAUUAUGCGAAAGUCUGCUCAGUUAGAGAAUUUGUCUAUGAAAUUGGAAGAAAUGGAGAGUUUUGCUUUGGGAACAAAUAGUAUUUUGAAUGACAUGAGGCAAAGAGUUGCGGAUUUGGUGGAAGAAACAACUAGACAGAGAGAGCGAGCUGCUGAAAAUGAAGAAGAGCUUUGUAGAGUGAAACAGGAAUUUGUUUCUCUCAAAUCAUAUGUUAGUAGUCUAAUCACAGUGAGAGAAACUUUACUAUCUUCAGAGAAGCAAUUCCAAACUAUUAAGAAGCUGUUUGAACGGGAAUUGAUUGCAACACUUGAAAGAUGCAGAAAUUGGGAGAGUUCAAACUACCUAAUUUCUUCAAUUACCCACCUUACUUCACGUCUUUGUUUUUGGAUUCUGCUUUUCAGUUUGCAGCCAGUAAGGGACACUAGAGAGAAGCAAAUACAGUUAUGGAAAGAGCUUAUUAUAGAUUACUGUAAAACACAGAAGAUUUUUGUGAUUGGAAUUGAAGAUGAAUUUCCACUUUUUACAAAUACUGUAAUUGAAAAUUUCGAUAGUGCAAGAUCUCUUACUCAUGAAGCUAGAGAAGCGUUGCUUUCAGCCUUAGUUUCUGAGGGACGAGCUGAAUGGAUGGAUAAAGGACGUAGAAAAUGUCUUAUUUUAUGGCAUCGGAUUCAAGAUUGGGCUGACAUUUUACUACAGUUUCGUGAACACGACAACUGGAGCACCGGAAGAAAGGAUGAUGCUUUCAGGAUUGCAUACUGUGGCAGAUAUCUUUUGCUGUUGCUGUGGUCAAAUACUUGGCUGGAAAUAUGAAUCUGCACACGAGAAGAGUCAGAAGUAUAAGGAAGGGAAGUUUGUUCUUGAAAG